AUGGCUACUGUGCGCAUCUGUGUUUGUGGCGACGAGGGCACUGGGAAAUCUAGCCUAAUCACAUCUCUCGUCAAAGGCGUAUUCGUCACAAAUAAAAUCCAGCCGGUCCUGCCACAGAUUACCAUUCCGCCUACAAUCGGCACUCCUGAAAAUGUCACCACUACAACGGUCGUCGACACGUCGGCGCUUCCCCAAGAACGUGCCAAUUUGGCCCGUGAAAUCCGCAAAUCGAACGUUAUCCUACUUGUAUACUCCGACCAUUAUAGCUACGAACGAGUGGCUCUGUUCUGGCUACCUCACUUCCGAUCUCUCGGUGUAAAUGUUCCAGUGGUGUUAUGCGCCAACAAGGCCGAUCUUGCGACGGAUACAACUGAUGCACAAGUGAUUGAUGAGGAGAUGUUACCGGUUAUGGCUGAGUUCAAGGAAAUCGAUUCAUGCAUUCGCUCUAGCGCCCGUCAACAUCGAAACGUCAACGAGGCCUUCUUCCUCUGCCAAAAGGCUGUGACCCAUCCCAUUGCGCCGUUAUUUGAUUCCAAGGAGUCAGUGCUCAAGCCUGCCGCAGUCGCUGCACUACAACGUAUUUUCUAUUUAUGCGACAAAGACCGAGAUGGAUUCCUGUCCGACAAAGAAAUCGAGGAUUUCCAAUUGAAAUGCUUUGGAAAACCACUGAGUGAGGAGGACCUCGUCCAUAUCAAGGAAACAAUUUCCAAAGCCUAUCCGGACGCUGUGACCCCGGCUGGAAUCACCUCACGAGGCUUUCUCCACCUGAAUAAGCUCUACGCAGAAAAGGGUCGUCAUGAGACCGUGUGGAUCAUUCUACGAUCUUUUCAAUAUACCGACAACCUUUCAUUGCAAGAAACAUAUCUUCAUCCUAAAUUCGAGGUUCCACCUUUCUCAUCUGCGGAGUUGUCUCCAGAAGGUUAUCGCUUCUUGGUCGAUUUGUUUUUGCUUUCUGACAAAGAUAACGAUGGUGGACUCAACGACUCGGAAUUGGCGUCUCUGUUCGCACCUACUCCCGGACUGCCAAGUUCUUGGACAGAUGACUCCUUUCCUUCAUCUACAGUUCGAGAUGAAGCAGGUCACGUCACUCUCCAAGGCUGGUUGGCUCAGUGGAGUAUGACGACUUUUACAUCUCCAAAGACCACCCUCGAAUAUCUCGCUUAUCUCGGCUUCGAAUCCUCGGAUCGUAGCAAUCCGUCAACAACUGCCGCUCUCAAGGUUACAAAGCCACGGAAGCGACGACGACGCCCAGGCAGGGUCGGCCGCAAUGUGGUUCUCUGUCAUGUUCUAGGUGCCGCCGGUGCAGGCAAAUCUUCGCUUCUGGAUGCUUUUCUUUCCCGAGGUUUCAGCAAUACGUACCACCCAACGAUUCAACCACGCACUGCAGUCAACACCGUCGAGCUUCCUGGCGGGAAACAAUGCUACCUCAUUCUAGAUGAGCUCGGCGAGUUAGAGCCAGCAUUGCUAGAGAACCAAAGCAAACUGUUAGAUCAAUGCGACGUGAUCGCAUACACGUACGACUCUUCAGACCCAGACUCGUUUGCUUAUAUCACCAAAAUUCGUGCCAAAUAUCCUCAUCUUGAGGAACUGCCCAGCAUAUUCCUUGCUUUGAAAGCAGAUUUGGACCGUACCACACAACGUGCCGAAUGCCAACCUCACGAAUAUACGGCACGACUUGGCUUGCCGGCGCCGCCGCUUCAUGUCAGCGCUACUUGGAGUUCAAUUCAGGAGGUCUUUGUGCAUAUUGCCGAGGCGGCAAUGGAUCCUAGCACCACAUUCCCCCGUACUGAGGAGGAUUUGGAAAGCAAAUGGAUGUCUUGGGGUAUCGCUCUAGGUGCUGUUGUAUGUGCUGGAGCCGCUGCUGUUGCGAUAUGGCACCGAGUGCAUAACAGCAGUCCAUGA